AUGCGACAAGUGUUCCAGGACUAUAUUUACCCCAGCAGAAAGAAGGUCAAACACAAGGCUACAAAGGAGCUUCCCGUGCUCAGUUGGCAAUCAACGCUACCAGCCAUUGAAAGGCUUUUUCAGUGGCUUCAUCAUCACACGUUGGCUCCCCCGGAGGCUGAUGUGCCUGCUGCUACUGCUGCUGGAGGCAUCCUGGGCAAGAAGGGGUUGGAGCAUGUCACGCCAAGGACUCUUUUCAACGGUGUCCAGGGUCCUUUCAACGCGGAAGUUGUUAACGUGGUGCCGGCUAAGGCGUCUGCGUUGCACGUCAAUGGCCUGCAGGGAGAAGGGAGCGACAUCCACGGUCCGUCAGAUGCGGAUCCAGAGAAGCGUCAGGCCUCGUCAUCAGGAGCGCAAGAGAAGGCCAAGGGUGUGGCCAAGGAUGCGGAAGAGGAUGGGGGUUACCUCAGCGGUGAUCCCGAUGAGUGUCAAGACCCGGAGGCGAUCAGCGACAUCGCGACGCAGGCUGGUUUCGCCAUCACGCUUCUUGUCCCUUUCAAGUGGCACGAGGAAGUCCCGCGUACGAUCGACACUGUCGGCGAGUUGCUCCGGCUGUGGGAGGGACACAUGACGGGGAACGCAAAGGUCACGACCAAGUUUCACAAGCUGACGCCGGCGUGGCUCUCUAAGGAGCACUUCGGCCGUCUCCAGGUGGUGUUCGUUAAUGCGGCGGAUGCGAAUUUUAUGUGGAGCAGGAAGGUGGAUCAUUUCACGGCGUCCAACGUGCGGUUGACGCUCGGAUGGCAGCACCCGGAAAAUCAGGAGUACCUGAAGGAGCGUUCGGCGAGGCCAGAAGCCAUUGAGGUGCUGCUGAAGAGCGUACCGGCGGUAAUCUCCCCCGAGAUGGUCAGGAAAAGCCUGGUGACGGCGACCCUGCUGAAGCGCAAGCGUACUGCAUUCCUGGAGGGUUCAGCCUUUCAUAGGGUGGUGGAUCCGGUGACGGGGUCAGAUACGGACAAGAUUAAGGGGUUGGUGUUCCGCCACCCCGGGGAUAAGCAGUGGUGGUUGAGGGUGGAUCGACAGAAGCGGCUCACCUCUGUCUUACUCCCCUUUCGAGCAGCGGCCUCCCUGAAGCUGACCCCAGCUACAAAGGCCAUCAUGGAAGACCCGGCGAUGGUGCUUACCUCCACCAACGGAGUGCGGGAGGAGUGGCUGUGUGUCCAGGAGGGUUGCGAGAAGGCGCAUGGAGUCACCUUCGCGCAGGCAGCGGAACAUGCGGCAUCGGUCCGACACUGCACAGAGCGCCUCAAGGCGGGAUCGGCGACGCGUCAGAGCAAGGGGAAACUGAACCUUCUGGCAGUCAGGAAGGCGUUCGGGAUGUGA